CUAUUUAUUAUCCUUCUGCAGAUGUUUGUCGAGGAAGUUAUGGAACUUUUGGAGCUUACAGUAUUAAGAUCAGCAUUAGUUGGUUUGCCAGGAGUUAACGGUCUCUCAACUGAGCAACGCAAAAGGUUGACCAUUGCAGUGGAACUAGUGGCGAACCCCUCUAUCAUUUUCAUGGAUGAACCAACUUCAGGUCUGGAUGCAAGGGCUGCUGCGAUUGUGAUGAGAACUGUUAGGAACACUGUUGACACAGGACGAACCGUUGUUUGUACCAUCCAUCAACCUAGUAUUGACAUUUUUGAAUCAUUUGAUGAGCUAUUUCUAAUGAAACGAGGAGGACAAGAGAUAUAUGUUGGUCCAUUGGGUCACCGUUCUUGCCAUUUGAUCAAAUACUUUGAGUUAAUGUCUGGGGUAAGUAAAAUACAAGAUGGUUACAAUCCAGCCACUUGGAUGUUAGAAGUCACAACCUCGGCUCAGGAAAUGAUGUUGGGAGUGGAUUUUGCUGAUUUGUACAAGAGAUCAGAUCUUUACAGGAGGAAUAAAGUGUUGAUUAGUGAACUCAACGCUCCUCGUCCAGGUACGAAAGACCUGCAUUUUGACAGCCAAUACGCACAGCCAUUUUGGACCCAAUGUAUGGCUUGCCUUUCGAAGCAACACUGGUCAUACUGGCGUAAUCCUGCUUAUACUGCAAUCAGAUUUCUCUUUACAAUCUUCGUGGCCUUGGCCAUAGGGACAAUGUUCUGGGAUCUUGGUACUAAAGU